UGGACUCUACGGGGACGACGCCUUGACGACUUGUCCCGGCUAUGAUUGAAGACGGCGUGUUAGAUCUGAUGUGCAUGGAGACGCCGCACAUGGGACAAGUACUCCGUGCUCCGCACGACUCGGCGAUCGUGGGUGACGCGGCGGUGAUGGCGAGGUUGCUUGGACUCCAAGAUCGGUACGCGGUCACGUGCGACUACUGCAGGAGAGUGCAGACCGAGGUUCAAACACCGAUGAGGAAAACGCUGGCCCUUUGGAUGUCAGAGGUGUGCGAGGAACAGGGCUGCGAGGACUCCGUGUUCCCAACGGCAAUGAACCUGCUCGACAGGUACCUGUCCCAAGUAUCGGUGCGCAAGCUGCACCUGCAACUUCUGGGCUGCGUCUGCCUCCUGUUGGCCUCCAAGAUGCGACAGACGCGCGCCCUGGCGGUCGAAGCGCUCGUCUACUACACCGACUGCUCCGUCACCGCACAGGAGAUACAGGCCUGGGAACUCGAGGUGCUGAACAGGCUCAAGUGGGACGUCGCGUCGGUAGUGGCCAACGACUUCGUAGACCACCUGGUCGCCAUGCUGGGACUCGCCGACUGCCGCGACACCGUGCGGCGGCACGCCAACACCUUCAUCUCCCUCUGCGCAACCGAGUACCACUUCAUCAGCUACCGCCCUGCUCUCUUGGCCGCUUCGAGCGUAGCCACGGCCGUCCACGGACUCAGGACGCCGCUGCAAACUCCGGGCUCCCAGGACGAGCUCAUCUCUUCGCUUGGGAGUAUUGCGAACGUUCGAACGACGGAAAUACGGCGGUGCGUUCUCGAAAUCGAAACCCUGAUGGCGACCAGCGUGGCCGCCUUUCAGCAGCAACAGUGCUACUCCAAGAGCGCUGCAGUGACGCCGUACCCGAGCUGUAAGAGCAACAGCCUGGUGACACCCUGCAUCGCCGACACUCCCUCCAGUAAACCCAACACCCCGACCGAUGUCCAAGACAUCAACUUCUAG